CAGAGAGGAGUGACAGCUGCACAGAUGCAUUAUGGUUCUGCAGAGUCAGCUCCGAUCUCCUUAACUUGAAAUGUGUCACUGAAUCUAUAAAGCAGAUAUUUGUUCUACUUGUCAGUGAAAAGAGAGCAGCCAUGUUGAGACGCUGUGUUGUUCUAACAGAGGUGAUUAGUGAUGCUAAUCUGGUCUCCAGCGUCUCACUGAUGACUCAGUAAGCUCCUCUGUUCCUCUGGAUCCAGGAAGUUUCCUGAUCCUCUUACUGUCAACUGCUCAUUUGUAUAUUUCUGCAAUGUAGCUGCUUCUGUUUAUUCUGCUUUGUCUUCUCAUCUAGUCAUCGCGUGUGUUUUUUAUAUUCUCUUGCAUCUCUUUUAUUCUGUCUCGUGUCUAAAUGUGUUUUCAUGAAUCAUGUACAGAACUUUGUACUGACUUGUUGCUGAACGGUGCUGUACUAACUUGUCCCGGCUGAACAAAAGGAUUUCGGAUCAGAGCUGACUGGACUUCAAGAUCUGCAACUCUGACUCAGAAAUCUCCACCUUACAAUCACUCACACAAACAGUUUGAUACAUGUUUAUAUUCUGUUUCAUUUUUACCGGGGGCUGUGUUCAUGUACUACAGACACACACACAUUACAUAUAUAUACUCAUACAUAUACAUAUAUAUAUAUAUGUGUGUGUGUAUAUGUAUUUCAUUUUCCUUUCAUGUAUUUGUUUAUUUGACAGGGACAAGGCUCAUUAAUCAACAGCAAAAUGACUGUAAAUGAGCCAGAGUUAGCUCCACAGGCUAAUUUCCAUCUGUUGUCCGUGGCCAGUUUUUUUAGAAAUAGCAACUUAAAAUCAAAAUAAAAUGACUUGUUAUAGUCAACACAUACAAACAUGAUAUACAGACUAAUAUUCAGAUACAAUGCACAAUAAGUAACAACACAACACAUGAGACAAAUCUAGUCUUUACUUCACUAAAGUACAUUUCUAUACAGAUACUAUGUCUGACUGUUGUGACAGAUGAAUGUUAUGUACAUAGUUUUGGUUUCAUCUUCUCCUUUUCUAUAACCGCUGUCUGCCUCAUUCUGUCCGUUGAUGAGCAGAGCGAGGUCGGAGGUUCCGCUGCUGAGUGCUGUGUUUUCCCACGGCGCAGUGCACCUGAAGGCGGCGCGGCGCUCCGCUGCCAUGUUGUUGUGAGAGUCCGGAGGAGCGGGACCGAGGCGCACCGAGGCGGACUGAGAGGCGCAGUGUGUGGGUGUGUGUCAGCGGACACUCGGUGAGCAGGGAGCCGCUGCUCCGCGGACUCGGUGUGGAUCCAGCUCAGCUCUGUGCGGAACUCUCGCUCCGGUGAGGUGAAGAUGGUGGACCGGCUUGCGAACAGCGAGGCCAACUCCAAGCGCAUCGCGGUGGUGGAGGGCUGCUUUGGUGCAGCAGGUCAGCCGCUGGCCAUCCCUGGUCGCGUGCUAAUCGGCGAAGGAGUCCUAACUAAGCUCUGCCGCAAAAAGCCCAAGGCGCGUCAGUUCUUCCUCUUCAACGACAUCUUGGUCUACGGCAACAUCGUUAUCCAGAAGAAGAAGUACAACAAGCAGCACAUCAUCCCGCUGGAAAGCGUCACCAUCGCCACAGUGCCGGACGAGGGCGACCUGCGCAACGGUUGGCUCAUCAAGACACCCACCAAGUCCUUCGCUGUCUAUGCCGCCACCGCCACCGAGAAGUCAGAGUGGAUGAACCACAUAGGGAAAUGUGUGGGAGACUUGCUUCAGAAAAGCGGCAAGGCGCCUACUGGAGAGCACGCCGCUGUCUGGGUGCCUGACUCGGAGGCGACGGUGUGCAUGCGCUGCCAGAAGGUGAAGUUCACACCUGUCAGCCGCCGCCACCACUGCAGGAAGUGCGGCUUUGUGGUCUGCGGGCCGUGCUCAGACAAGAAGUUCCUCCUGCCCAGCCAGUCGUCCAAACCUGUUCGAGUCUGCGAGUACUGCUUCGUGCAGCUGACGUCGGGAAGCCUGGCGCCGCGGUCAGACUCCAUUGGCCGGGCGGCGUCAAAAUUCAACAACCUGUCAGACGAUGAGGACGAAGACGACAGCAGUGACUGAGGAACACAUCGUCCUCCACGCGGCCUGUCCUGUCCCCUUGUCGAGGAGGAAACACUCUGCUUCUGAGUUCUUUCUCCUCUGAUCACCGAGUCAGGCUCUGCCGUGAGAUGAACUCCACCUCUGAGGAUUGAUUUGUUAAAUUCGUGUCAGAGUUGGAGGCUCCUCCGCAAAACCAACUGUUUUAUUUUACUUCCCUGUAAUUCCUGCAGGGAUGAAUAUCUUCCUGAGCGUGUUGAUUAAUCAGUGAGAUGUGGAAUUAACCGGGCGACCAGCAGAACUGUGAGGAGGGAGGGGAAAUGUCGCACUUGACUCUUGAUUAGGCUGCAGUUCGUCACUACAGAACAAUGGUGCUAAUGAGCAACUCCCUCUGUCCUCUUCUUAAAUUAAUUUCACCUUCUGAGAGGAUUAUUUUUGUUUUCUGUCCAUGAACUACACAAGGUGACUGUUAUUUCUGCAGGGAAAAGCAAAUGUUUGGGCUCUAACCUUUAUCUCCUCUGUCUUUCAGGUAUACCAGCAAACCUUUUUCUAACAGUUUGGUGUUUUUCUGCCCUCUUUUGCAAAUUUUCCUCCGUUUUUUAUAAACAACAAAAUGUAGAUAUUACUCUAAACUCUCCGUUUAUUGUCAACAUAAUUUAGCUGCUUCUGACAAAUCAGCUGAAGCAUGUUUCACAGUCAGUGUGUUUGUCUCUGCUAACACACUGACUGUGAGUUUUCUCAGCGGCUUUCCCCAAAAACUAACUCUACCGUUUGCCUAUAUGGCCACAAGGUGCCUUAUAAAAAAACAGGAUUUACAUGAUGACUUUGACUCUGAAACACAUCUCACAGGGUGCAGUUGAAUAUACAGCAGGGAUAUUACCAAGUUUUAGUUCCAGUUGUGCGUCGUUAAAAAGACGUAAUUUUCAUGCAGUCUUCUGAGAGCACAGCGGGGCGGAUGUAGAUUUUCUCUCAGGUUCAUGACUUUUAAACAUCAGUAAAGCUGUUUUCAGACAUGAACUCUGGAAAAUGUCCCAAAAAUUGUAUUCAGUAAUAUUCUGUAGUUUGUCUUUCAUGUGACGUUUCUCAUGUGAAGAAGCAGCAGGUCUCACAUAAAACUCCUCCGGAAAACCUUUACGAAACUGUUGGUACUUCAGUGCAGGUCUGAAAACAGCAUCUGAUUAAAUAAAUGAAGGGAAUCAGGGACAAACAACUCCAGACCAGAGCCGCCUGAGUUCCUCCUGAAAUCAAAGACAUGGAGAUGAAGGAGAAGAAGCUGCUGCAGAACAAACUGCAGUAAUUUCUGACCUUAUUAUAAUUCAAAAAGUAGUAAGUCGAGUGUAGGUGUCAGGGGUUUGAUGUGGAUGUGUCAACAACAGGAACAUCUCUGGUCGUAUUAUGUGUCUGACAGAUUCAGCUCCAGUCCAGGGGCUCGUUAGAAAUGGUGACGGGGCAAAUACAUAAAUACCCCCAAACUAACAUCUGUCUGCUGGAAAUGCCACACCCAUAUACGGUGAGUGGGCACCAAUAGGCUGACGGGCUCUGAUACAGGUGCCAAAAUACCAACGCUAUGACAGCAGGACUAGGAAAUGUAUUUAAACCAGUAACAUCAGGAAACAGAACAUGUGACUUUCUGUCAGUGUAGGAGUUAAAAUUAGAUUCAAGAUCUGUUCAGAGGCUGCAAUACGUUUUUAAGUCUAAUUUCUCCAGUUGGGAUGUUUGUGUGGACACUUCCUGUGAAAGAAUGACACCAAAUGCAAUAAUCGUUCAUUACAGGAACUGCCCUGUGUUUUCUUUUGCAAUCACUUGUUGUAAUUUGUCCUGAUUCAGUAGUUUAGGUGGUUUCACUGGACAACAGUAAAUCAGACUUCCUGUCAGUGACUCUUCCCUUUGCCGAGGUCAGAGGGCAAAACAAACGCACCCUCUCUGAACUUGGCUCCUCCCAGCGGGUGGAGUUGUGUAACCUCUCCCUUUUCUCUCCUUCCUUCCUCGUGUCCUUUCUUCCUUCUUUUUUCAGCACCAUAACUUUCCUUUGGAAAAGCGCCGUCUACUGAUCAUGUGACGUCUCAGGUUUCAGGUCUUCUCACAGAUGUUCAUGUGAUCAGUUUCAGUUGGAGUUUCUCUUCCCUGCUGCGACUCUGAAGGGUUUUGUUCCUUUUUAAUCAGGCAACAUUUAAAAGACCCACAGGCAGAAGUGACUCAUCUCACACCCCACAAAAAAAACCACCUGACCUAAACUUAUUAUGGCAAAAACCUUUUAAUAUAUUACAAAUCAUGAACUAUUAGUUUUAUUAGUUUCAUAUCAGUUAAAGGAGGUGAGGUGUUGAGUGUGAUUUGGGUCAAAGUGGUCCGACGGUCGCAGCAGCUCUUCCACACGUGUGCUUUGUAGUUAAAGUAACUGAAGUUGUGCAGGAACCAGAAUAAAUGUCUUUUUUUUUUAAUAAAACCCCUCAGAUUAGCAUUUGAGUGGAAACUAUGGAAACCUUUACUGCAUCUUUACCUGAGACAGAAACACAUCAGUCGCAUCUUAAAGAUGAACAGUUUGCUUAGUUAUGGCUGCGAUUCAUCGGCAUUAAUCAGCAUCUUUACAUGCGACGCUUCUUAAAGUGACAGAACGGAGAAGAAAGGGAUCAUUUUCUGGGUUUUUUUUUUUUUUUAUUUGAAGCAGAUUUAUGUUGUUAAUGUUCACGUCGCUGCAAUAAAAACCACCUGAGAGAUGAAGGCGGUGACGAUAACUAACCAGCUGUUCUUCCUCCUCGCUGUGGCCGAGGAGACGACUUCACCGUCCAAACCAGAAACACAAAGUCUGACCUGGUUUAUCUGUGGAUUGCACUCAAAGUCGGCACAUGGACUCACAUCUACAGUGACUGUCGGAUGUCUUUUUGUUUUUUAUGAAUCUUUUCUGUUUUAAUCCUGAUGAUUUUGUUUGUACAUUUGUACAUAUUUGUUUUGGGUUCUUGUGUUUUUGUUGUACAGCUACGAUCAGUUCUGAAAUGACGCUGUUUCAGCUCCUCCUCCUCGUCUUUGCCCACAUGAGCAUCAUCUUAAACACAGUGAUCACAGUGAUUCCUGAACUCGUCACAAACUGGUGACAUGUUCCACACAUCUGUAUUUGAACCCCUCCCUAUUCCCUGGGGAGGUCGCAGGUCAGCAGCAGGACUUGGUUCAUCGUCCUGUUUAAAGAAGCUUCAGCUCCUGGUUCAGAGUUAUCACGCACUUUAGUAAUCGGGUUACUGUCGACUUUCUCCUGUAACAUCACUGGACAGCCAGGUUUCCUCCUGUACACAUGGUCUCCAGAUUCUAACAAAGACAUGUACACAACGAAGGCUGCAGACAGGAAGAGUCACAGCUGGAUAAACGACACACACUCAGGCUGCCUCUUGUUUCAUGUUUACAACUGAAGAAAACUGAUUCUGGCUCUAAAUUUUGGUUUCGGCUUAAUAAUUAGCUUCUUUGCACCUUGAGAAAAAGCUCAGUCUGCUCUGACACAGACAAAUAAGUGAGUAAUGAUUCAAAACAUCAAGAAAACGACAGAGAGGAAACCUGGUGACAGACCUGCUGCAUGUUCAUGUGGAUUCACAGGAAGAAGGUUAUGUGAAUAACCUGAUUUCAGUCUGAGGAACCUGGUUGCUCCAGUUGCUGUUUAAAAUAUACAGAACCCCUCCAGAUGUUGGUAGUCACUGCUGCUGUUUGGUAUUUUACGAUCCAGCGGUUUGUUCACACUGAGCAGCAUCUGACACUUGGCUCACUUCUGUCAACUGUAUGUUUAAACAAAUCGUACACAGUGUCUUUGGUUUUCUUUAACCGAGCGACAAAAUAAGACCUGGUGAAGAAAACGAUAAAGGAAGGGAGAAGGUUUCAAGUUUCCCUUCACAGUUGAUGUAUUUUAACUUCAGUUCCAAUGAGUUUAUAGCUGUUUACUUUUCACUUUUCUGAAUUUAUCAAGUCUCUACUCAGUAAAUCUGAAAAUGACUUCCAGCAUGUGAGGAUUUAAUAUAUCUCCCAAGCAAACGCUGCCAUCUUGUGUUCUUUAAGUCAUUUGGAGUCCCAGUGUGCUGAGUGAUCGUGAAGUGGAGCCGUGGUAUCGAGGGCCCACCCGUACACGACAGUCUCAGCUGUCAAUCAUGACGUCUCAGCCCGUUUUUGAUAUCAUCAAAUAACAAAUUAAAACCAAAUAAAUCAGAAACUUGAACACAUCAGUGUGAUAAGAACUCCCUAAGUAAGUCUCACGCCUCUCCAAACAAAACCACGUACUUCUGUUAGGGGUUUUAGGUCCCGAUGACGUUUUGGCAAAUCUCCAAUAACAGCUAUCUAUACGUGAAUGCGGAUUCACUAAAAAGCAGAUAGUCGAUGCUUUUCUUUCAUUUGGUUCCGUUCAAAUGUUAUUGGUCGAACUAAAAACAAAACUAGAAAAUUAGAAACAUUUCUGCAGUUAGUUGCACUAAUUUGUUGAAUAAUUAAACAAUGGAUUUAUUCACCGAGAAGUGUGGAAGCUACAGCGGCUCAGUGUGAACAGCAAAGACCUGCAGGACUGAAAUAUUCACUGAUUAAAACCUGAUACAUGUAUUGUUUCUGAGGAGGAAAGCUGCGACAGCUGAAACAGGUCACUGUUCUGUCACUUUGUUUUUUAUAUGGGAGCUGUUGCUGCUCAACAGUUUUUAUGUUCUCAUUGAUGGUGGCAGUUUUUUUUUUUUAAUUAACUUUAAAAGCAUCUUUGAAAAAGGGCUGAAAUCAGAAUGUUACCCAUUGUAUCUUUGAUCAAUACUAAUUCUUUCAGAAAUCUUUAAGUUUAUGUUAUAAAUGAUGCAUCGCU